CACAACUAAUCAAAAUGAAAUCCGUACGUUUAUUUUUAUUAUUUAUCAAAUACCUGCCUGCAUAAUUUUAUAGUAUAAACUCAUUUAGAUUUCCGUAUAAAAUAUUCGCAACUCACUGUGAACGGUGGUUGAGCUUAAUUGUUAUACAUACGCAACUUUAAUGGGCCGGCUUGGCCGGGAAAGAAACGCAGUCUCACUGAAUACCACUGAAUUAGUGACUUUUGAUACGGUUGCAUUUCGAUAGGCAAGUGAGAGUUCCGGAAUCCGAGCCCAUUUCAGUGUACGACCGUUUCCGAGAUGUUGGAAAAAGUGUUAUAAAAUAUUUUAACAAUGUGUUUUGUGUAAUACAGAUGAUCAUUGUCGCCCUCGCUCUCGUGGCCCUGGCCGCCGCUCACCCCGUCGAAGAAAUCCCAACGAUCCUUCGUUCUGAAACCAACCAGGAUCCCAGUGGUUCCUACGAAUUUGGAUUUGAAACCUCAAACGGUAUCAAAGUUAACGAACAGGGUCAACUGAAGGAAGUUGUGGACGAGGAGAACAAGCCCCACUCAGUCGUCGUUGUUCGCGGUACCUACUCCUACGUCAACAAUGAAGGAAACAAUGAGGUCAUCGAAUACUUCGCUGAUGAGAACGGUUACCGCGCAGAAGGACCCUCCGUCCCCAAGGUGCCCGCCAGGAGAUAA